GCGCACUCCGCCUUUCCCGACCCCGCGCAGGCGCCGUCCUAGCCAGUCGCGCGUGGGCUGAGGCCCGGGGCGGGCGUUGCGAAGGCUUGUUUUCCCGAGGUCGGACCCUGCGCCAGUUCCGAGUUCCCUCCCCGUGGGGAGGGCGCACGCCCCGGGGGGCGGAUGGGCUGUAGGCGCCGGCGGGGCGGCCAUGGAAUCGCCGGUGGAUCCCGGCGCUCGGCAGGCGCUGAGGAAGAAGCCGCCGGAGCGUACCGCUGAGGACUUAAAUACUAUUUAUUCUUACCUCCAUGGGAUGGAAAUCUUAUCAAAUCUCAGGGAACAUCAGCUUAGGUUAAUGUCUGCAAGAGCUCGCUAUGAGAGAUACAGUGGCAAUCAAAUUCUUUUUUGUUCAGAAACUAUUGCCAGAUGUUGGUAUAUCCUGCUUUCUGGAUCUGUACUUGUAAAAGAUGCCAUGGUCCUGCCUCCAUGCAGUUUUGGUAAGCAGUUUGGAGGAAAAAGAGGAUGUGAUUGUCUUGUAUUAGAACCUUCAGAAAUGAUUGUGGUAGAGAAUUCCAAAGAUAACGAAGAUAGUAUUCUACAAAGAGAAAUACCUGCCAGACAGUCCCGGCGAAGAUUUCGGAAAAUUAACUAUAAAGGAGAGCGCCAAAUCAUUACUGAUGAUGUGGACAUUAAUAACUACCUUUCUCUUCCAGCUGAUCUUACCAAGAUGCAGCUCACAGACAGUCCUCACCCUCAGGUGGCUCAUGUGUCUUCUAGUCAGUCUGGCUGCAGCAUUGCCAGCGACUCUGGGAGCAGCAGUUUAUCCGAUAUCUAUCAGGCUACAGAGAGUGAAGUAGGAGAUGUAGAUUUAACACGUCUUCCAGAAGGACCUGUUGAUUCUGAGGAUGAGGAAGAAGAGGAGGAAGAGAUUGAUCGAACAGAUCCACUGCAGGGUCGAGAUCUUGUUCGAGAAUGUCUUGAAAAAGAACCUGCAGACAAAACUGAUGACGACAUUGAACAGUUACUUGAGUUUAUGCACCAGCUCCCUGCCUUUGCAAACAUGACCAUGUCUGUAAGGAGAGAACUCUGCUCUGUGAUGAUUUUUGAAGUGGUGGAGCAAGCUGGAGCUAUUAUUCUUGAAGAUGGGCAAGAGCUUGACUCCUGGUAUGUUAUUUUAAAUGGCACUGUAGAAAUUAGCCAUCCUGAUGGAAAAAUUGAAAAUCUCUUUAUGGGGAAUAGUUUUGGGAUUACUCCCACUCUGGAUAAGCAGUACAUGCAUGGAAUUGUCAGGACUAAAGUAGAUGAUUGUCAGUUUGUCUGCAUAGCCCAACAGGAUUAUUGGAGAAUUUUAAAUCAUGUCGAAAAAAAUACCCAUAAAGUUGAGGAAGAAGGAGAAAUUGUUAUGGUACAUGAGCACCGUGAAUUAGAUCGGAGCGGGACCAGGAAAGGACACAUUGUAAUCAAGGCAACACCUGAGCGCCUCAUCAUGCAUUUAAUAGAAGAACAUUCCAUCGUGGACCCAACUUACAUAGAAGAUUUCCUAUUAACUUACAGGACAUUUCUUAAAAGUCCUUUGGAUGUUGGGCUCAAGCUAUUGGAAUGGUUCAAGAUUGACAGCUUAAGGGAUAAGGUCACCCGGAUUGUGCUGUUAUGGGUAAAUAAUCAUUUUAAUGAUUUCGAAGGUGAUCCUGCCAUGACUCGAUUCUUAGAGGAAUUUGAAAAAAAUCUGGAAGACACAAAGAUGAAUGGUCACCUCCGGUUACUGAAUAUUGCCUGUGCUGCAAAGGCUAAGUGGAGGCAGGUUGUGCUGCAAAAGGCUUCCCGGGAGUCCCCUCUGCACUUCAGCCUGAAUGGAGGCAGUGAAAAGGGAUUUGGUAUCUUCGUUGAAGGCGUAGAACCUGGUAGCAAAGCUGCUGAUGUGGGUCUAAAACGAGGUGAUCAGAUAAUGGAAGUAAAUGGACAAAAUUUUGAAAAUAUUACAUUUGUGAAAGCCCUUGAAAUAUUGAGGAAUAAUACUCAUCUUGCACUUACUGUGAAGACCAACAUUUUUGUGUUCAAAGAAUUGCUUAGUAGGACUGAACAAGAGAAAUCUGGUGUUCCUCAUAUUCCAAAAAUUGCUGAAAAAAAAAGUAAUCGCCAUUCAAUCCAAGAUGUACCAGGAGAUAUUGAACAGGCAUCACAGGAGAAGGGAAAUAAGAAAGUUAAAGCAAACACCGUUUCAGGUGGAAGAAACAAAAUCAGAAAAAUUUUGGACAAAACGCGAUUUAGUAUCUUGCCUCCAAAACUAUUUAGUGAUGGAGGCCUGAGCCAAUCACAAGAUGACAGCAUUGUGGGAACGAGGCACUGUAGGCACAGCCUGGCUAUAAUGCCGAUUCCUGGGACGCUCUCUUCCAGCAGUCCCGAUCUCCUGCAGCCUACCACCAGCAUGCUGGACUUUUCCAAUCCUUCAGAUAUUCCUGAUCAAGUUAUAAGAGUUUUCAAAGCAGAUCAACAAAGUUGCUACAUUAUCAUCAGUAAAGACUCUACAGCUAAAGAAGUCGUUUGCCAUGCUGCUCAGGAAUUUGGUUUGACGGGUGCAUCGGACACAUACUCUCUCUGUGAAGUUUCUGUGACUCCUGAGGGCGUCAUAAAGCAGAGAAGACUUCCAGACCAGUUUUCCAGAUUAGCUGAUAGAAUCCAACUCAAUGGAAGGUGA